AUGUUGUCGAUCUUACGCAAAGCACGAUUAAAGGACAAGGAAAUGCGAAUUCUGAUGCUAGGACUGGACAAUGCGGGCAAGACAACAAUUGUCAAGAAAAUUAUGGGUGAAGAUGUGAACACGGUGAGCCCGACGCUCGGGUUCAUCAUCAAGACGAUAGACUACCAAGGAUAUAAACUCAACAUCUGGGAUGUGGGUGGCCAGAAGACGCUGCGGUCAUAUUGGCGCAAUUAUUUCGAGAAAACAGAUGCCCUGAUAUGGGUCGUUGACACAACAGAUCGACUACGAAUAGAUGACUGUCGAGAGGAGCUCCAUGGAUUAUUGGAAGAAGAGCGUCUGGCGGGAGCUUGCUUGUUGAUAUUUGCAAACAAGACCGACGUGGAUGGGUGCAUGACCCAAGAGGAAAUUGUUACUAUGCUGCGAUUGCCUGAUAUUCGGACACAUCAGUGGCAUGUGCUGCAGUGCAGUGCCAUGACGGGCAAGAAUCUAGAGGAGGGAUUAUCCUGGGUGGUGGAGGAUGCCAAGAAGCGGCUUUUCUUGUAUUAG